GUUCGUUAGUCAUAAUUCACGUCAUACAUUGAUAUGUAAGAAAAAUAAACGUUCAUUUAGUGCUUCGAUGUCGAACAAGGUGCUAGUGAACAAAUCAUUAAUCGACAAACAAUCCUCAUUAAGUGUGAUUAGAAUCAAAGUGCUUAUUAUCGAAGAAUAAAAAAAGCCUCACGUGAUUGAUCAGUUAACAUAAUUCAAUGAAAAUGCAAGGAUUUCGCAACUACACAAUGGAUGCAUUGCAGCAUCGAGACCAGUCAAUAUCUGUGGAUUUACUCAGCGCACAUCAGUACAAUACAAAGUCAUCCCCGCCACUAUCACCUCUAAGCGACUGUACCAGUCCACAAUCAGAACACAACCAUCAACAGGCACCGAUGGAUCCAUCUGUCCGUCGGUAUAGAACAGCUUUUACUCGUGACCAAUUGGCAAGACUCGAAAAAGAAUUCUACAAAGAAAACUACGUCUCUAGGCCACGUCGAUGUGAACUUGCCACCCAGCUCAACCUCCCGGAGUCAACAAUUAAGGUUUGGUUCCAAAAUCGACGAAUGAAGGACAAAAGGCAGCGGAUUGCAGUCGCUUGGCCUUACGCUGCAGUAUACUCUGAUCCUGCCUUCGCUGCGUCAAUCCUUCAAGCCGCUGCUAAUUCCGUGGGUAUGCCAUAUGGUUAUCCACCUGCACCAAUGCUGCCCCAAAUGUCUGCCAUGGCUCCACAAAUUCCAACAGCUUCCAAUCAUUUUUCCUACGGAUACCGAUAUGCUCCUUAUCCUAUUCCACAAAGAACUGCACCCCUACAUGCCUCCCCCUACCCAACCACUGCUGCAGCAAUGUUGAGUUCUAUGCCACAAGGGUACACUCCACUAUCCAUCCCAAAACAACAUACCCCUCCACAUGAUCUUCAAAGUCCUUCUUCACCACAUUCGGCUUUAUCGCUCAGUCCCGGGUCAGAUAAAUCGAAGCUGGACAUCUCUUCAACCACCUCAAACAGUACAAAUAGCCCACUGAAAUCUCUCAAUGGGUCUUCCCAAGGACUUCUCAUGGCCGCACCGACGACACACAGCCAAACUCUUUUGACUCCAUCUCCAGAGAAACCAAAGCUCUUUAAACCGUACAAAUCAGAAGCGUAAUCGAGCUGCUAGUUUUUACAA